AUGUGCUACGGGAAAUGCGCGCGCUGCAUCGGACUUUCUCUGUGGGGGCUCGCACCCCUCUGCAUUAUAGCCAAUAUCCUGCUUUACUUUCCCAAUGCGGAGACAAAAUUUGCUGCUGAGAACCACCUCAGCCGCUUUGUGUGGUUCUCCUCCGGGAUCGCAGGAGGGGGGAUUCUGAUCCUCCUGGCGGCAUCUGUCUUCACUGGACUAGAACACGAAGACUGCUCUGGAUGUUGCGGCUACCGCAGCUGUGGCAAGAGAUGUGCGAUGCUCUCCUCUGUACUGGCCGCUCUCAUCGGAAUUGCAGGGUCCAGCUACUGCAUCAUUGUGGCAGCCGUGGCGUUAACAGAAGGACCAAUGUGUCUUAAUAACAAUGGCCAGUGGAACUACACUUUUUCCAACACGGAGGGACAGUACCUUCUGGAUCAUGCCAAAUGGUCCGAGUGUGUUGAACCCGAGCACGCUGUGGAAUGGCACGUGACUCUGUUUUCUAUCCUCUUGGUUCUUGGGGGCAUUGAGUUCAUCUUGUGUCUCGUUCAAGCGAUCAACGGGAUGUUUGGGGGCAUAUGUGGCUAUUGCUGCUCUCGUCAACAGUCCUGCCAAAUUUCCAGGAAAAGAACACAACCAGGCCAAGCACACUGAACCACAAGCCUUCCUUUAUUUCACUGUAAUUUAUAUAUUUUACUUGUAUUAAUUUGUAAAACUUUGUGUUCUUCAGUUCGUCUUGCCCCUAAAAGUUUCCAGUCCCGCUUGCCCCAUGUGUUCUGGUUCUCCAUCCCAUAA